UCUCCGGUUUCCCUCCCUUAAUUUGAAAAAGAAGAAGAAGAAGCGCGGGGACGAAGAAAAGAGAAUGAAAAACAUGGAGGCAGGAUCUUCUCUAGCAAUAAGAGGUCAUGAAGGUGGUGAAGAAGAGCAAAGAGUGCCCUCCGCCAUUCCUACAGACCAAUGGCAGGUGACUUUCUCUCGAUUCAUCAACUAUCCUUCUCUGCCUUCCACGUGUCCGUCUCUCAUUCCUCUCCCUCACAAUCGGAAGCACCGCCCAACCCGAGGCACCUGGAUCUCCUCCGUCUCUGCUACCGCCUCUCUCCAGCUCCUCAACUACCAAUCCAACUCCAAAGACGCCAUCAUCGAGCUCUCUUUAAACGGCACCGUCCUUGAAGAGCACUAUGUUUGGAAGCUGCAUUUCUCAUGGCCUCAGGUUUCGUGCGUUUCUGGAUAUCCUUCAAGGGGCACCAGAGCUGUCUUUGUGACCUUCAAGGAUUCUCUUGACGAGAUCCAGAAGUUUGGCUUUCGAUUUUCAACUUUUUCAGAAGCAGAAGCGUUUAUAAAUGCUUUGAAGGUUAUCCUGGAGGAUCCAAUUGAAACUGAACGUCUGGAUAGCGACUUUCAAUCAGCGAUUUCGUCACAAUCUGUGUUCAUGCCUACUGAUGGAUACAAACCUAGAGUUUGGGUGGAGGAGGAAUCGAGCACGAUGGGUCCUGUUCAAGAUUAUUCUCCUCAACUUCAACUGAGUUGGAACAAGGAAGCUGAACAAGCAUCAUGGAGUACGGAAAAAUCUCUGAAUCACAACAAUGAAGGAAUUUCUCCACCCAUGCCUCCCAGCUUUACAUCAUUACUGCUCGACUGCUGUUCUGAGGUCAAACAAGGCCAGCCAAGUUCAUCUCAUGAAAUCGAUCUCAAAUCCCAAAUUAUGAAAUACAUGGAGGAUUCUUCCUUCCAAGAUAUGCUAUCGAAAGUGGAGAAAGUUAUCAAUGAACUUGGAGAUGAUCUGAUGCUGUAAUCACCAGUGCCUUCUUGAAGUACGUACAGAGUUUAGAAUUUUUUCUUCAGCGCCCCACGGAUACGCGAUCCUCACCAGUCACCACAGACCGCCAAAAGCCAUGUGCAAAGUGACCUUAUCCCUAAAUCUUUGUUUCUCUUUUGUAAUACUUUGUUAAUUGCUUAAAUUACCCUGUAUAGGAUUUAAAGAAAAAUGCUCUGAUAGAAACGAGAAAUAGUUGGGAGGAUCCACAACCAAAUGGCAUGUUUGCUACUGGACCUUUCCAUACAAAACUUCUUUUUCCAUGUUCUUUUACCCCA